GCAUCACUCAUUUGAAGUCACUUUCAUGUGAUUUAUUGAUUGAAUAGUAUUUUGAACUCAAUUUAUAUUUAAUUGAUUUGAAUGUGAGUUACAAUUAAAAGACAAAAAUUGCGGACAAAAAGUGGUUUAAGAGAAGAUGAGUUCAAAAGAGAAAUCUGAGGACCAAUUGGGCCGACAAUGGGAUAAAUUCAUCUCCAAUUCAGUGCUGAAAAUGGGUACGGGUGUUAUCAUCGGUAGUGUCUUCUCAUUACUGGUCUUCCGACGAAGAGUCUGGCCGUUAGUGUUUGGUUCGGGCAUUGGUUUGGGUUUCGCAUCCAAUCAACUGCAGACUGAUUUGAAUCAAUUGAAUCGAUAAUGUAUUGCAGAAGUUGUCGAUCGAUGGCAUAGUUUAUAGGAAUUAAAAGUUUAUUAAUUAGUAUUUGAAUU